GAGCAUCGCUCCAGAAGGGGAUGCAGGGUCCCUGUCUUGGAUCCGUUUGGCAGCCGUGAGGCCAUGGUGGCAUGUUACCCCGGCAACGGCAUGGGUUAUGUGCGGCACGUGGACAACCCCAGCGGGGACGGGCGCUGCGUCACCUGCAUUUAUUACCUAAACCGGCACUGGGAUAGCAAGGUUCACGGUGGGAUCCUGCAAAUCUACCCCGAAGGGCGGCAGGUUGUCGCCAACAUCGAGCCCAUCUUCGACCGGCUGCUCCUCUUCUGGUCGGACCGGCGCAACCCCCAUGAAGUGAAGCCGGCCUACGCCACGAGGUACGCCAUCACGGUCUGGUAUUUUGACGCCAAAGAGCGGGCAGAAGCCAAAGGGAGACACCGGAUGGCAGCUGCCCAGAAGGACGAUGCGCCUCCGGCCACGCAGACCAACGGCCCCACCUGACAGGAAGCGGGAAGACGUUGUGGAGACCGGACCGCCAGAGACGCUUGGCUCUCUCUGGCCAUUUCAAGCCGCCUGUUGCUGCUGCUGCCGCCGCUACCACCACCUGCGUCUGCUGCUCCGAACCCCGGCCAGGUGCAGUGGGCGGGCUCAUAGUCCCGGCCCAAGAAGAGAAGGGGGCGCCUAGGGCGAGCUGGGCCCGCAGGAGAAAGAAAGGGGAUGCGUUGUGCGUGGGCCUUGCAUCCGUAGGAGCAGCCCCUCUGCUGGGGUCCCUUUUGCUUCCUUGUUUCAACGCGGGGGGGGGGGCCCUUCCCUGCUCAAGGCCUUGUCCGUAGAUGCCCCCCCAUGGCAGGGGCUUUUCGGUUUACCCCAGCCUGCUUAGCCUGCUCACGUCGAUCCAUCAGCCAGUCGAGAGGGAGAGAAAAGAGCAGGGAAGCCCAUGAGGACGGAGGGGAGGGGAGUGAGGGGGAAGGAGCCGCUGAAGGGGCUCGUGGAGGAGACAGAAUAAACAUUACC